AUGCCUGUCUUGGCCAACAACCUGAAUAUGGUGGAGAGAAUGAAUAACACGUCGGCUGAUGUGUGCUUCCAGUCCAAGAACACCGUCCUCCAGGGGCAGCCCUUUGGGGGUAUCCCCACCGUGCUGUUGCUCAACAUCCUCGUGUGGAUAGUCAUCGUCUUGCUUUACUCCUUCCUCCGGAAAGCUGCGUGGGACUACGGACGCCUGGGCCUCCUGAUGCACAAUGACAGCCUGACCUCGCUGAUCUAUGGGGAGCAGAGUGAGAAGACGUCUCCCUCCGAUAUUUCUGUGGAGAUGGAACGCAAGGACAAGGGCUUUUGUUCCUGGUUCUUCAACAGCAUAAAUAUGAAGAACAAGGAUCUGAUCAACAAAUGUGGGGAUGAUGCCCGCAUCUACAUCAUGUUCCAGUACCACCUCAUCGUCUUUGUUCUCAUCCUCUGCAUCCCCUCCUUGGGGGUCAUCCUGCCCAUCAACUAUCUAGGAAACGUUCUGGAGAAGAGUAGUCACUUCGGUCGAACCACUAUUGUCAAUAUCUCCACAAAGAGUCAGUUCCUGUGGCUGCACUGUUUCUUCGCCUUCCUCUACUUCGUCAUCAACCUCUUCUUCAUGAUUCAUCACUGCUUGGGGUGUGUGCCCAAGAAGAACCAAAAGGUCACAAGGACCCUAAUGAUCACCUAUGUCCCCACGGACAUCCAAGAUCCAGAACUCAUCAGCAAACAUUUUCAUGAGGCCUAUCCUGGGUGUGUAGUGACCAGAGUCCACUUCUGCUAUGACGUCAGGGACCUGAUUGACUUGGACGACCAGAGACGCCACGCCAUGCGGGGCCGGCUCUACUACACUGCCAAGGCCAAGAAGACUGGGAAGGUCAUGAUCAGGGUUCACCCCUGCUCCCGUCUGUGCUUCUGCGAGUGCUGGACCUGCUUCCGGAAGGUAGACGCAGAGCAGUAUUACAGUGAGCUGGAGGAGCAGCUGACAGAUGAGUUCAAUGCCGAGCUCAACCGCGUUCGGCUGAAGCGUCUAGACCUGAUCUUUGUCACCUUCCAGGACGCCAGGAUGACCAACUACAUCAUUGAGGAUUACAAGUACGCCCGUUGUGGAGUGCGCCCCCACCAGUCCUCGGUGACCACCACUGUCAAAUCCUAUCGCUGGAGAGUCGCCCUCGCCCCACACCCCAAGGACAUCAUCUGGCAACAUCUGUCUGUCCGCAGCUUCUUUUGGUGGGCCCGCUUUAUGGCAAUCAACACCUUCCUCUUCUUCCUCUUCUUCUUCCUCACCACGCCCGCUAUCAUCAUCAACACCAUUGACAUGUACAACGUCACCCGGCCCAUCGAGAACCUCAAGAGCCCUAUCGUGACCCAGUUCUUCCCUUCCCUGCUGCUCUGGGCCUUCACAGUGAUCUUACCUCUGAUGGUCUACCUCUCUGCCUUCCUUGAGGCACACUGGACCAGGACCACUCAGAAUCAGGUCAUGAUGUACAAGUGCUACAUCUUUCUGGUGUUCAUGGUCAUCAUCCUGCCAUCGAUGGGCUUAACCAGCUUGGACGUAUUUUUGCGCUGGCUCUUUGACAUCUAUUAUCUGGAUCAGGCAUACAUCCAUUUUCAAUGCGUGUUCCUGCCAGACAAUGGCGCCUUCUUCGUCAACUACGUGAUCACGGCAGGUUUGAUUGGCACAGGCAUGGAGCUCUUGCGGCUGGGUUCCCUCUUCGUGUACAGCACCCGCCUCUUCUUCUCCAGGUCGGAGCCAGAGAGAGUCCACAUCCGGAAGAACCAGGCCAUAGACUUCCAGUUUGGGCGCGAGUACGCGUGGAUGUUGAACGUGUUCAGUGUCGUCAUGGCAUACAGCAUCACCUGCCCGAUCAUUGUCCCUUUCGGACUACUCUACCUGUGUAUGAAGCACCUGACGGACCGAUACAACAUGUACUAUUCCUUCGCACCCACCAAGCUCAAUGAGCAGAUCCACAUGGCCGCCGUCCACCAGGCCAUCUUCGCACCACUACUGGGCCUCUUCUGGAUGCUCUUCUUCUCCAUGCUACGGCUAGGACCGUUCCACUACAUCACCAUCUUCUCCAUCUUCAUCCUUGUCCUAGCCGUGAUGAUUGGCUUUCUCGGAACUCUUCUCGGGAAACUUCGGAAGGUCCCUGACUCUGAGCCGGAGGAAGAGAUUGAGACGGUGUUUGACAUGGAGCCCAGCAGUACCUCCUCCACACCCACUUCCCUCAUGUACGUGGCCACCGUGCUCCAGGAACCGGAGAUGAACCUGACCCCAGCCACCUCGCCAGCCCGCCACACCUAUGGCACCAUGAACAGCCAGCCGGAAGGAGACGAGGAAAGUGGCCUGAGGGGUUUUGCAAGGGAGCUGGACUCAACCCAGUUCCAGGAAGGUCUAGAACUAGAGGGCCAGAGUGAAUACCACUGA